GAGGAGAGCAGCGAAGAAGAGGACAGCGAAAGCGAUGCGGAGGAGGAGGAGGAUUCGAAUAUGGUGUCCGACGAAUUUGACAGCUCUGCGUCAGAGAGCGAUUCAGAUGAAGACCAAGCCGCCACCGACGCUCCUGCUGUUCCUGAGCCCGAAAAAGAGAAGGAGUAUUACACCGGCAGCAUGCUGAAGCCCCUGCUCGUCAGUCCGUCAGAGAACACGGGCGCAUUCUACGUCACGCGCAUGAAGCUGCCCAUCAUGGAGGCUAUCACGGAGAACCCAGUCAUCACCACACAGGCCGGGUACGGCGACCCGAACUCGCAGAACCCAGGCAUGAUCGGAUCACACAGCCGCGGCGGGUGGCGGCUGUCAGCAUGGCGCACCGCGUUGCCGAAGAGCUGGGCAACUACGGCAGCACAGUGGCACACCAGACACGAUGCUUCUGCGCGAGCUGGCCACCGAUUUCCUGCUGACAAAACAUCCUGCUGGGCGUGCUGUCGCGAGUCAACACACGGCUGUUCCCGACUCCACCGCCGGUCAUCAAUGUACAAGCCCGCCAGCACCAGUACGCAUACACUUCAAACCGCCGCACGCCUCUGCCAGGCCAGCACGUCAACGAGGCAAUCCGCAAGGUCGCCAAGAUCCCACACCCGCCUGCCGGAGGGUGGUAUUCUGAUGGACGACUUUGAGAUUGACUCGGAGGAGGACUCGGAGGAGGAAGACGAGCUCAUCAUGGCGGGCCGCAGCUCUUGCUCAGUGAGAACCUGUUUCAAUGCUGCUGCCAAGCCUAAGGCCGAGGGAGGGGACGAGCAGAACCAUCCUGAGCCACUGUAUUGCGCUCCCCCCGCUGGCAGUCGUCUGUGCGUGGUAGCGACCAAUGUUGCCGAGACAUCGAUUACAAUUCCGGGAAUCCGGUACGUGGUUGAUGCCGGACUGGCCAAGGAGAAGACGUACGAUGCGCAGACACAGGUGCAGAAUUUCGACGUGCGCUGGACGAGCCAGGCAUCGGCAAACCAGCGCACAGGUCGUGCUGGCCGUACUGGGCCUGGCCACAGCUACCGCCUGUUCUCCAGCGCAGUGUUCAACGACCAGUUCCCCCGGUUCUCUGUACCCGAGAUCAUGCGGAUGCCAAUUGAGGGUGUCGUGCUGCAGAUGAAGGCCAUGAACCUGGACAACGUCGUCAACUUCCCGUUCCCGACGCCGCCUAACAAGUCUGCGCUGACCAAGGCCGAGCGUCUGCUCACAUGGCUCGGUGCUCUCGACGCCAAGGGCCGGGUUACUGAUCUCGGCCGGUUGAUGUCGGUGUUCCCUGUCGCUCCACGGUUCGCCAAGAUGCUGAUCGUCGGCCAGCAGCACGAGUGCCUGCCCUAUAUCAUUGCUAUUGUCGCAGCCUUGUCUGUCGGAGACCCGUUCCUGAAGGACGGUGAGGUUCCGGAUGAGGACCAGGCAACUGCCGCAGAGAAUCGUAACCUGACCAACGCAGAAGUUGCGGCCAAGGAGCACCGGCGACUCAAGCGCCGGCAGUACUGGCGCACGCAGUCGAAGCUGUCGGGCUCCGACCCCUCCAGCGAUGUGCUCAAGUGGUUGACCGUGGUCGGUGCCUUUGAGUAUGCUGGCGGCACCAAAGAAGUGUGUGAAGAGUACUACGUCCGGCAAAAGGCCAUGAUUGAAAUCCGCAAGCUGCGCGCCCAGCUAACCAACCUGGUGCAGAUGUACUGCCCAGGCGUCGACCUGGCCAUGGAUCCGCAGAUGCCGCCCCACCCUGACGAGGAGUCAAACAAGAAGAAGCGCGGCAUGCAUGCCGUUCCAUAUGUCACCAUGUGGAGCGAGGAGCCCGUGUUUGUGCAUCCCGAGACGAUUGUGUUCUCUGAGCUGCAGCGCACUACGCGGCUGUGGGCCAAGAUUGUCACAAUUGUCAGCGCCAAGUGGCUGGCCACUAUCGGCCAGCCGCUGUGCUCGUUCGGCAACCCGCUGCCGUACCCGCUGCCAAAGUACAACGACGCGCGCGACCACAUGACGUGCUACGUCGAGCCGCGCUUCGGACCAAAGUCCUGGCUGCUGCCAUG